GAUGCAGCGCGGUUGCAUACAACAUAGCCAUCUUGUCCAAGAGUGACAGAGGGAGGUAACUGUUGUCGCUGUUUGGAGAUAAAUUUGUUCAAAAGCUGUGAAAAUUUAGGAGGCUUUGUUAACUCGACUGUAGAGUGAGGGUCGCCACCGAAUGACUUUGAGCGGGUGAAGUGAGCGGCUUCAAAGGACUGCUUUCGGGAAGAUGUCUCACAUACUUGUUCCGACGUAGGGGGAGUGUGCAGCAGCCAGUUGGCUUGACUUGCUAGCUAGCUCGGUGAGUGGAGGGCUGUGGGCCCUCCUCAGCCUUAAGUAGCUCCGCGACUAACCCUAACCCUAACCCGGGAGACGAGCAGGCCGGUUCGGACUGUCCCAAAGCUGAAAGUACACACUGCAGGUAUCGUCGUCUGCAGCCGCAUUGCUGGACAAAACCAAGUGUGGCGUUGCGUUAUGAGCUCAUGACACGCAACAGGAGACAGAGAGAGGAAGAGGGAUGGCGUAGAUUCGUCUUGAUAACAGUUAGCUUGGCAAAUGUUGCUGUUUAACAUGAUCUGAGCUGUGAGAAGCUGCGUCUCUUUCUUGACGGAGGAUACAUAUAGCCGACUGUCAACAUGUCGAAAAUGCCGGCCAAGAAAAAGAGUUGUUUCCAGAUCACCAGUGUGACACAGGCCCAGGUUGAGGCUAUAGGUGCCACGGACGACACGGAGAGUCUGGAAGACCCGGACGAGUCCCGGACUGAAGAUGUGUCCUCGGAAAUAUACGACAUGUCUCGUGCUGAGUACGAGCCCGCGUGUGACAGAAGUUCAUCCGAAGAAGCCCUGAAUAAUGUCGGAGAGCCGGAGGCGACCAGUGUCAUGGCCUCAUCACACAUACCUCAACCCGGUCAGCUGCCCGCGCUGUCCAGUAAUCCCAUCGGGGAGUUUCGAAAAGUGGGAGUGUCUGGCUCAGCUCAAGUCAGUCAGCAGCCGCCGGGGAUCGGCGUUUCAAGUGGUUUACCCCUCUCCACGCAGUCUGGAGCAGUGCAGCAACAGUCUGCUCCAGCUGGUGUGUCAGUAAGCACUUCCCAACCUGCUGCAGUGAUCAGCAGUGCAGCUCCUCCUGCCACCUCCACGGUGAGUUGUACUUCUCGAUUCAGGGUCAUCAAACUUGAUCAUGGUACUGGAGAACCCUUCAGAAGAGGCAGGUGGACGUGUACAGAGUUUUAUGAGAAGGACUCGGAGAGCGCUGCUGCCAGUAGGACUGCUGAUAGCAUUAGGCAUGCCAAUACAGCACCAGACCCUGUGGCGGACAGGGACAGUGGGCUCGGGCUUACAGGAGGAUCUGUGGUUGCCCCGGCAACACUCUCUGGUCAGGGAUUGGGGUCGGUGGCGGAUGCUUCUCUUUCAUCAUCCCGCAUGCAGUCAGUUGAUACAUUAUCACAGCAGCAGCUCCACCAUCACAACUACAGCGCCCGGCAGCAGGGCGUGAGCGGGUCGGUCUCACAGAGUGCUUUCUCCAGCCCUCAGCCCUCCGUUGGAGGUGUCCAGCCUUCUGCCUUUCAGAGCGUGUUGCCUGUUGGUCAAAAUGGCUUGCCUCAACCUGGUGUCAACAUACAGAAAUCCCCCAUCAUGCCCCCCCAAGCCCAGCCCAUCUCUUACCCUCCUCAGCAGCAGCAGCAGCAGCAGCAGCAGCAGCUUCCUCUGGGACACCACCUGAGCAACCAGAUGUCUGGACUUCUACAGAACCAGACAGAGUACUAUCAACAGCAGCAGCAGCAAGUUCUUGGUGCUGGGCACUCCCUCCCAGUGUCAAGCCUGUCUGCAGGGCCUUCUUUGGUCAUGCCUCGAGCCGCUGGGGGGGCAUCUGUGCCAAGUCAGGUUGGAGAAGUUGCAGGAGGUGGAUCUGUACCUUUAGGACAGUCAGCUCUGGGCCUCUUGCAGCAGACUGGAGGAAUGGGAGCUGUUGGAGGCUCUAUACUGGUUGGUGGAUCCUCAUACGCAACAGCUGGACAGCCUCAACCUCUCAACCUCCAAUCUACAUCCUCUGGUGUACAAAAUGUGCCUGCCAUCGCAGCAAGCUCCAGUGUGCCCACCACGGUGCCCGCUGCAGUGCCCAGUGCCUCCAGUGCAGCCAUGCCAAAUGUGAUAACCUCCAGUUUGCCUCCAGGUCAGAUUCCCCUAAGCAAGACUUCAGUGGGUUUGGGGGCCCAGGGCCUCCCAGGAGCUGGGUUUGGACUUGCAGAGGGUGGUGUAGGGAAAUCAGAGGGUCUCCUCAAUGCACAGUCUCCUAUCAUCUCUGGGAAGGAAGUGUUGAAGCCCUUUAUGCCUGAGAGCCUGCAGCUUGCCACGCCGACUGUCAACAGCCUGUUUGGAAUUCACAUACCUGUUGACGGGGAGAUGGACAGGAACCCCUCCAAGGCUUUCUACCAGGUCUUCCAGUCUGGCAGCAGAUUAAGGGACUCAAAGGCCCACAGUGAUAGAGCCUCGGGAACCAAUGUUGCAGCCAUUGAUAAUAAAAUAGAGCAGGCAAUGGACCUGGUGAAAAGCCAUCUGAUGUAUGCAGUGCGUGAGGAGGUGGAGGUGUUAAAGGAGCAGAUCAAGGAGCUGUACGAGAGGAACUCUGUGCUGGAGCGGGAGAACGCUGUGUUGAAAUCUCUAGCCAACAGUGAGCAGCUGUCUCAGCUGCCCUCCCAGUCGGCCGCCAGCACCACGCCUCCCCAGCAAGGACUCAGCCAACCUCCACCCCAGGCCCAGGCCCAGGCCCAGCCCCAGCCCCCUCCUCAGUCUCAGCAGUCCCACCCCCAGCUCCAGCACCACCCCAAACCCCAGCAGCUCCAGACUCAGCCUCAGCUUGAUCCCGGCCAACAGCAACAACAGCAACCUAACGUCACCUCUGCUUGAAGUGCAUCUGCCUGCCUCUCAUAAGGCAGAAAAAAAGAAGAGCAUUUUCUCUGCAACCUAUUACAAAUUAGUGUAUGUGAAAUUAAAAGAAGAAAAAACUCUUUGUCUUCUUAGCCACCAGCUUGACCACAAAGUACAGCUUGUGUGAGUGGGUGUGAGUGUGUGCAGGGUGUGUUAGCAGGUGUGACUGUAAAAUGUAAGCGUGUAUGCAUCUGUACUGUGGGCCUUUCCAGUGUUAAUGCAAUCAUCAGAAAGCAAGUGAGAAAGACUUUGACAGAGGAGGAACGUGUAGAGACUGGAGUGUGUCAGGGGAGGGUCAGGGGGUUUCCAUCAUCUUGGCUGUUAUCCAAGAGCGGGUGACUGCUAGGUCCAAGCUCGGGGACAGGAUGUCUCUUCUUGGACCCAGGCCGCGACACGGCCACUGACCUGAGACCUGCUCAGACUGAGGGCGUGGGAAGGGAGGGGUUUGCCUCACAUAAGGGACAAAUGGGAGUGAUUGUCUAAAAAGAGUGAUUAUUUUUUUAAACGUAAGAUAAAUGAGGGGAUAAAGGGGUAUUUUUAGCCUUGCUGUUUCAUGUUGUAUAGAAAGAAGUGGGAGAGAGUCUGUUUAUCGGAGCGCCAAACUGCUGCCGUUACUUUUUACAUCAAGUCCAAUCCUAACAUCAGUCUUUUGAGUUCUACUGUUAAGUGUUUUAUUUAUUACAGGGCUGCUAUUUUCAUACAUGAAUAAUUUCAUGUACCUGUAAAAUAGUAGUCCAGCGAAAUCGUUUCCUGUUUCUUUAAGUGUUUCAACAUUUGGCCAUACUACCCUGAGGCAACACUUGAGAUUUAACUAAAUAAAAAGUAGGCUAAUAUCAAAUAAAUGAAUUCUGAAAACUGUUUAACACUAACUUAAAUUCAUCUCCUCAUUUGCCAAUUCAUAUUUAAAAUCUAGACCCAGUAUGAAUGUACAAUUUCAUAUAGUAAAAAGUAUUAAGAGCCUUGGUGGGUGACUCCACCUGAUGACAUCAAAGCAUAACGUGUGCCUGAAGACGGCAUCUGGUUAAGAUUCAACUCCUUAAUCUAAAGUGAAUUAGUGUUGCCAUACCCCCCUCUUGUUUUUCCUCCUCCAUUGUUUUCCUGAGGGGGGCAGGGGGGAAAGCUGUGAAAUCAUUCAACCUACUUUGUAACCAAAGAUGCAAAGCUGUGUAAAUUGAUUAUUUUGAAAUGCACACUCAUGUAUUAUUAUUUUUUUUUUGGUUUUGUUACUUCCUCCUUCACAACAUAUUUUGUUGCUGUUCAGCAUGUUUUGCAUGAUCUGUAAUUUUCAAACCACUUUCUUACCUCAUUUUUAUUCAGCACUCUUAUUGUAAGAUAGUCUGUGAACAG